AUGUCCUGGUACAGGCAGUACGAUACGAGCAGUCAAUCCCAGGUGUUUGAAAUGCGGCACCGCCAUGCGCCGGCGCCGGUUUCGACGACCAACGCAGCGACGCCGGGAGCGAUGAGCCCAUCCCUGGUGCCCGCGAGGACGCCCAUGCCGCCCUCGUCACCGCGCGCAUCAAUUGAGGAGCAUCCCCAGGUGCCCCGACUUGCAUCGCAGCUCAUGCGCGGCGCACGAUCGCCGCACGCCAGCCGUAGCCGGUCAGCCGGCGAGCCGGUCUUUGCCGAUUCUGCGCUGGCCCGGCCGCCCUUGGUCGACGCCAACAUGCCGAGUGGCGUCGCAGCAGCAGCAGCAGCAGCAGCAGCAGCAGCAGGGGCAACAGGAACGGCAGCAUGUACUGUGAGCCCCGGCCGCUAUGGGUGUGGCAGCAGCAACUUUUUGAGCAGCAGCAAAAGCGAUAGCGGUGCAGUAGCGGCGAGGCGCUCGCCGAGCCCGUUCGCCCGCCUGCCACGCAGCGCUAGCAGCAGCACUGGUGGGGGCGGUGGUGCAAGGCGGCCGCCCACGCCGCCCAAGGCCCGUCCUCAGACGCCCCACCUGGCCCCUCGGGAGUCGGCCACCACCCCCGCAGCAGGCAUGGUGCCUCGGGCCACAGGCUGCGUGGCCGAGCACCAGCUCGUCCCCGGGCCCUCCCAGCAGCCCCCACGGGCCGCCUCCCCACGUCGCCCAGCCGCAGCGGGGCCGCCCACCGGCCCCAGCCCAGGCGCGCCGCCCAGCAACGGCGCCCUCAGCCGCAGCGGCAGCAGCAGCAGCAGCAACAGCAGCGAGUCGCUCGGCGACCUGGAGCUGCUGCCGCUGCUGCAGCGGCUGCAGCGACAGCAGGACGAGAUCGACCGCAACAACGCGCGCCUGCGGGCCGCGCCGCGCGGGCAGCCGCUGCCGCGCCCGCCGUCGCCGCGGCGCGCCGGCGCAGGCGCUGCGCUGACCAAGGAUUGCUGGCCCAGCUGGGAUAGGUGGUCGGGCGCGCCAGAGCCGCCGUCGCCGACGCCGCGCGGCGGCGGCGGCGGUGCCGUCGACACCGCACCGCCCGCAGCACGGCGGCCCGGCCCCGGUUCGCCCCUCGUGCCCGCUGCGCCGCUUGCCCCCCUGGCUGCUGCCGGUGGCGGUGGCGGCACCUCUCUCCUUGUGCACCCCGGCCUGUGGCUGGCCGGCGGCCUCGUCGUUGCCGGCGCGUCUGCCGGCGCGGUGGUUGCCGUACAUGCAAUCUUGGCCGUGGUGAUCAAGUCCGCCGCGGCCUGGACCGCGGCGUGGACUGCCGCGGCCGGCGUGGCCGGCGGCCAGGGCCUGGCCGUCGGGACCUGGGC